AUGAACUCCUAUGAAGAGCUGGCGGUGUCCCAGCCGGUGACCAAGAUGAAGGUCGAGGUGGAGAAACACAUCGGGCAGGCCAGCGCCCAACACACGCCCGCGCGAAGCCGCGCCCUCGAGCAGAAGGAAGAGAUUUUUUCAAAGGAGAUCAAGGGCAUCAUCCAACGGCUCGAGGAGCAGGAGCGCCUGAACGCCGCGGAGGGGGCUGCUGCGGGUGUUCCCUCUCCUUCCCUCGCUUCAUCCAAGAGCGGGUCUGGUGUAGCUAGGGAGAAGAGGCUCGGGGAUCAAAUCUCGUUCACCGACGUCUCCUUCCUCUGUACUGAAAUGCCCAAAGGGUCGGUGUUGUCGCUGGUCAAGGCGUGGAACAGCGGCUGCAUGUUCCAACAGGGGAAUUCGCGCAACCUGAAGGACCUGACGAUGGACGAGUGGAAGCAGCUGGCCGAGGCCUCGCAGCGCCACUUCCCCUCCGUUCCCGUCGCCAAGGCCACCACCCCGAACAAGAACGACCCCGUCGUGACCAAGGACGAGGCCCAGCGAACGACGAGCGGGCCUGCUGACGCAGUGCCGGAAGAAACCGCCAGCCCGCCGCCCGCCGAAUCCGCUCACACGCCGGACGACCACCAAACCACCACCCCAGCGCCAGUGAGUGAAGAGAGCCUUACGACUGUCGACAAGCAGCCCGACACGGCCGACCACACUACGCCGCCGCAGCAGGCCGACCCCAUCGAGGACCCCACCGCCACCGGGGACAACAACCAAGCCCCUCAACAGGUAGACGUGGACGCCGUCGAUGACGUCGACAAACCGAACGCCACGCCGGCACCGCAAGACGACCCGACUGCAGCGCAGGCCACGGACUCAAAGCAGCCCGACGAGAGCCCGGCCAAGCCGGCCGAUGCCGACUCGGUGGAGCUGACCGCGACGGCGGUUGUGGACGCGGCUCCGGUAGACGAAGCUGCGAAGGAGGUCGCCACAGACAUCACCGCCGACAUGUCGAAGAGCGUCGCCACAGUCAGAUCGGCGGACUCGAUCGAGCCGGUCGCGGUCGGCGAUUUCCUUAGGAAGAGCGGUCGCGUCGUCAUCGCCGAGGCCUCCGGGUCUUCGGCCGAAGCGUCGCCGCACCAGGACUCUGCAGACGGCGCGGCGCCGUUCUCGCUCAAGAGCAAGGGCAGCAAGAUCGAUCAGAAGGAGGAGGCGCGCAAGCAGGCGCACGCCCGGCGGAGAGGCCACGUGCGCGCCGCGUCGAUGAGCGAGUCGGUCAAGUCGCUCGUCAUCGGCGCGAGAGGGGUCGAGGCCUCGCCUUCGAUCGAUAAGAUCAAGAGGGACGGCUCGUCGGCGUCGUCGGCGUCGCUGUCGACAUCGUCGCCCAUGUCGACUUCGUCGUCGUCGCUGGCCUCUUCGUCGUCGGGCAGCAAAGGCGGCGACUCGGUCACCAAGCAACCGCACAAGGAAAAGAAAGAUAAAGAGAAGAAGAAAUCCAAGUGGGACAAGGUGCGCGGGCUCAAGGGCGGCGCGGCCAGGGACAAGAGCGACACCAUCAGCGAGGACGUCAUCGCCGCGGCCAAGCGCGAGCGCGAGGCCGGCAGCUCGAUCGUGGGCAUGACCGCGACAUCGACGUCGACGAAGAAGGCCAGCGACAGCCUCCGGCCGCACCUUAUGAAGCACAACUCGGAGAAGCUCGACCGCAUGCUGGUCCGCCGGCCGAGCUACAAGGUGCUGGUCGAGCAGGGCUAUAUCAAGGAGUGGGGCGACGCGGCCGACUUGGCCGGCGCCGCGUCGGCCGGCAAGAGCCCCUCGCCGCGCGGCCCCAAGCGCUCGCCGACCUUCAAGCUCGCCGAUGAAGACGACGACGGCGGCGGCGCGGCCGGCGGGAAAGACGACCAGCAGGCGCAGGGGGAGGACUCGGACGAGGAGACGCCGCGGAAGUCGCUCAUCGACAACGUGCAGCUCCUGCCCACCGACAGCCUGUGGCACGUCGAAAGGGGCUCCAAGAGGGACUUUGUGCCGGGAGCGUACAUGGCCUUCGAGAACGAUCACGAGCUCGUGCCCUACUACAAGAAGUUCUUCUUCCAACGAGAGCACGAGAAUUACUGGGCCAGGCACGAGCGUCUCGGCCCGAUCCUCAUUUCGAUCGAGGGAAAAUCCACACGCGGCUCUGCCCGCCUCCUUCGACGAGAAACGCACGCGUCCGGUCUGGCCGAGUCGCCCACGUCGAGCCCGGUGCUGUCGCGCGAGAACUCGCCCUCGUCCCUCGGCAACAUCCCCCUCGACACCACCGACUCCACCCCCGCAGCCGCGUCCAACAGCGGCAGCAGCAACCUCACCAAGCAGGCCAAGCGGCGCUCGGCCAUUCUUCUGCCUCGCAAGUCGAGCAACGCCAACAUCAAGGCAGACAUCAUCAUCAAAGAAGACCCGUCGUCACCAUCAUCAACGUCGUCGUCGAGUCUGUUGCACAACCUGGGGAAGGACGCAUUCAAGCUGGGCGGAUGGAAGACCAAAUCGGAGAUAUUCUCCAUAUCAGGCAAGUCCCGACAGGCCAAUGGGGCGGCGCCGCACACGUGGCGCGUGCUCCUGCAGACCAAGAAGGGCGCCCAGCAGUUCUUCAUCCGCAGCGGCACGAGCAAGGCCGAGAAGCAUCGGGCCAUCCAGAUCGCAUGCGGCUCGCAGGGCAUAUGCCCCGAGAUCCACGACCUCAAACUCAAGCCCGUCAAACCGUCCUCCUUCCCUGAGGACAUGGUCAAGUUGGAGAAGGCGUUCCUGGAUCAUGACGAAUACAAAUUCGGUGUACUAUACGGCAGGGAGGGCCAGAGCGAAAACGAGAUGUUCGCAAACGUGGAGACGAGCCCUGAAUUUCAGCAAUUUUUGCACCUCCUGGGAGACAGGAUCACACUCAAGGGCUGGACCCAGUAUGCCGGCGGACUCGACGUCAAACGGGAUUCGACGGGGACGCAGUCGGUGUUCAGGAAGUUCAGAGACCUGGAAAUCAUGUUCCACGUGGCUCCGCUGCUUCCAUUCUAUCCUGACGACACCCAACACGUCGAGCGCAAGCGGCACUUGGGUAACGACAUCGUUGUGAUCAUCUUCCUUGACAGCGGCACCUUUACUCCGUCAAUGAUCAAGACCAAGUUCAAUCACAUCUACGCUGUCGUGUCCGUCGAUCGCGACGAAGUGACAGACGAGAUCAUCUUCUCCGACGGCCCUGGCUCAGCCCCGCGGAUGAGAGUCGAGUUUGCAUCGCGGGAGGGAGUGCGACCCUACGGCGCCACCAUUCCUCGAGGCUACCACUUCGCGCUCGACGACAAGUUCAUCGAUUUCCUUCUGACCAAACUGGUGAACGGUCAGCGAGCGGCACUACACGCGCCCGUGUUCGCCAGGAAGCUCGAGAUGACCCGAUCCGCCCUGAUGGAGGAUCUCAUGAAGGACUGGGGUUCAUGA